CGCGCAGUUAUUCCGCUCCGACUCCAACACACACAUACACACACACACACACACACACACACAAGCGCGCGCGCGGGCGCAGGAGAGUCGGUCCUCGGUAUCCCUCCAUCAUUUAUGUCAUCUGCAUAGGAGGGGAGAUAAAGAAGAAGUAAUUCCAGGAUAGUGAUCCUGAUAUUUUGUAGUUGCAGCUGUAUUUAUUUUUCAAAGGCUGUGUCCUGGGAAGUUGCGUUUUGGAGAACUUGAUCCUGAAAAGAAGCAGCGAUGGCUUUCAUGGUGAAGCACAUGAUCGGCGGCCAGCUGAAGGACCUGACCGGCGGAUUAACGGAGGAGAAGUCGGAGGGAGAAAAAGGCGAAGCGGCGGCUAAAGGCAUGACAGAAGAGGAGUAUGAGCAGUACCAACAGCAGCUGGAGGAGGAGAAGCGAGAACGAGAUGCCAGUUUUGCCCAAAAGAAGGCAGAGAGAGCCACAGUGAGAACUCACUUCAGGGAAAAGUACAAACUCCCAAAGAACGAGGUGGAUGAGACGCAGAUCCAGGCUGCGACGCAGGACGUGGAGCUGCCGACAGAGCUAGCGAAGAUGAUCGCGGAGGACAACCAGGAGGAAGAGAACAAGCUCUCCGUGCUCGGGCAGCUGUCCAACAUCCAGAACGUGGACAUCGACCACCUGAAGGACAAAGCACAGGCCACGCUGGAGGAGCUGAAAAACUCCGCAGAGAAGUGCUCGCUCAUGUGAACUUCUCUCUUUCUCCCAGUGUCUUUUUUCCUCUCUCUUCUUUCUCUCGUAUAACAUUAAACCACCAAGCACACAUUUGUCUACAUGUCUGUCUUUUUAAUGCCAUGCUGAAGGAGAAAAGAUCCACUCCUCUCUCUCUCUCUCUCUCUCUCUUCAUCCCCUUAUUUUCUUUUCUUUUCUAUCACAUGUCACUUACACUGCAUUUACACACAAUAGGAGCAAAACUCAAUACACUGCCAAUUGUACCAGCUGUCAGGUCUGAUGCCAAGUCCAUGAAAGCUCCCCUACACACACAUGGACAGAUCUGUGCAACAAAUAUGGACUCUCGCACAUCCCACAUAUCCAUCCCCCUGUCUGUGUGUCAGAGUCAGUGUUGUCCUCCCAGCUUUAACGUCAUUGCUGUUUUUUGUGAAUAUUUUCAGAGCUAGUCACUUAAAUCCAAAUUAUGUCAAUAUUUACAUAGGGAAAUUUACUUCUUUAGUAUUUUGCCUAAGUCUCCCCAUUCGACUUAUGCAAAUCAAACCGUCUAGACCACCACCUUUAAAUACAAGCAAUUGCUUUUAAAUCAGGAAAAAAUUAGGGAUAAAAAAUACAGACUGAAGAAGAAAUUUUUUUAAAUAUGGUGAUAUAUGAAUGAGAAGAUGGCAAGCAUUGAAAUAAACAUGUAAUCAGAGUCUAGUAUAUUGCUAACAUAUUGCUGUAUGACUAGUCCUAGUUAUAAUUAUCAGAUUAAUCAUGCAAAAAUGAGUUAAUUUGACAAUAUGGCUUCCACCUUGACUAUUCAGCAGCUUAAAAAAUAGCACUUAGUCCAACACAUCCUAUUAUUCAGCAUUUUCUUUUUAUAUCAUGCUCUGACAGUGAAACUGCAAUGUGUGCACAGGAGGUAGGCUACUUCGAUUUGUCAAAUUAACAAAAUCAUGUCAAUGUUUUUGCUCAUUUGUUGCGUUCUCCUGUAAAGAAAACGUGCCCACAUUUUGAAGGAUAAGCUGACCAAGCAGUCCUCUGUUAAAUUUACAGCUCACUUUGUUAUUUCAUAAUUUUAUGCAUAAAAAAAUGUGAUCAUCAAGAUAAAAGUUGAUCAUCAAGAUAAGCAAAGUCUCAAUUCAUUCAUUCAUUCAUUCAUUCUUUCAUUGUCUCAUAUUUAUCUAUUUAAUUUUGGUUAAACUGGUAGUCCAUAGUUUUUGAGUGUAUUUAUAGCCCAAAACUUAAAUUUCAAUGUGACAUAUGGUUAUAUCACACUGUCAGACAGUGGUGCUGGACUUAAUAAUGCUCCUUGUGCGAGCUGAUAUCAGAUAAGAAGUUCAAGUUAAGAAUCAAGCGUAACUUGGAUAUGCCUCUUUUCCUCUAACUCCACCCUGAGUGCAUAAUUCUCACGUAACUUCUGAAUAGCACUUAAGUCUGUAGUUAAAUCUGAGGUCUGAAUACCGAUGUGUGCAAUUUCUGUAUUAAAUCCUUGCUGUGCACAUUAAACUCAAUUUUGAAUUUGGCCCAAUAUGAUAAUAUUGUUUCAUUUUUUAUGGCUUAUCCUAAAACCACCAUAUCCUCCUUUGUUCACUCCUGUUUAGGGUGGUUUCCAGAAGGCAUAGAAGUGUCCUAUGCAGAAUUUCAGAAUUUAAAUUCAGACUAGGAAAAUGCUUUUGCUGAAAAGACCAACGGUGGCCAACAUUCUGAGAAGCCAUGUGACUAACCAAACAACAUACAUAUCUUCAAGACCAGUCCUGGAUUAAUUAUCACACUGUUAAAGGUGCAGUUUGUAAUAUUUUAAAGUGUUUUUAGAUUUAUAAUAAUCUAUAUUUUAUAUCUAUAUCUUAUAUCUUAAAAUGUAUUUCACAAUACUGCAGUGCAAUUGCUCUAGCUAAUUUAUUCAUUCAGGCUUCUGUACACUUUUCUGGCCCUGAAAUAAGCUCGACUUUUCUUUAAAAGGCAAAUCUUGAGACAUACUAAUUUUAACAGAGGACGUGAGUUUGGUUAAGGGGAAAGACGAAGGCUUGUCAGUGUUUUGAUUGUGAUUGUAAUUCCUUUUACAGGCAGCAGAGUGUGCUUCAAAUGACAGACUGCUCCUUUAAUAAUGAUUAUCUGUUCAAUAAUUCUGAAACUAAAUUUUAUUUGUAAAUCUGCAGCUAAAUCUGUGUCCAGGAAACUGUUAGGAUAAAGCAAUAAUGUAGAUAAGAUGCGGCUACAUGGAGAUAGAGUCAAACUUGAAAAACACGUCCCGUCCCUGUGUCUUUAUAGAACAGAGAUGGCUUGGUUAGGGCCAUUCAGAUCCCCACUAAUUGUCAUUUGACCCUGAUCUGACCUCUGACCCCUAACCCUUAUCAUCUUUUACCUCCUAUCCAGUGGUGCUGUCUUGUGCAGGUGAUUGUGUGUUGUCUAACAGCUACAAUGUGUUGUUCUUUCUGACUGUUCCCCCUUCAAGAUCAUUGUACUUAAUAUUAUAUAUAAAAUUAUCAAACUGAACAGCUUGGUUCUCCGAGCUGGUAAUGUGUGGUUUGCAAUAGCACAGAUGAAGAUAUUUUCAUUUUUGCCAACAUUUGUUUCGCACCGUGUGCUUUGUGUGAGUCGUGCUGUGACAGUUGGUUGAAACAGUCUGUGUAAUUGCCAUUUUUAUAAGCACCAGUGCAAAUACCUAGUGCCAUAGAGCGUUGCCAAGAGUCUGAAAAUGUGUGUCUUUGUGCUUUUGUAAUCUGUAAGGGUGCAAUAUAAUCCUGUAUAUACAGCAAUAUAUAAACAGAAAGAGAAGAGAUGCAUGUUAAUGUCUUUCUGUUAAUUUAUUUAUAACUUAAUACAUGAGAGCGUGAUUAAAUCCAAAACCCCAGAUGUUCUUUUGAUUUUCUCCUCUGUAUAAUAAUGUGUAUUAUAUAAUAAUGUACAAUAAUCCCCCACUCUAUAGCCUAAAUUAUGAAUUAUGUUAAUUUUAUGAUUUUCACUGUUGAAGCUAUAGUAAACAUAUUUUUAUGACUUA